UCACUUUUUUUCAUACAAAGCGCAUCUAUUACGACGUGCUUCUCAUUCCUAUCCUAUAUCCGGUUAUAUUUUACCGAGCUGAUAUAGAAAAUCAGUUGUAUAUCUGGAGUGUCAACUAAUUGCCUUGAGUAGCGACAAUUUAAACCACAUAUCCCAGGACAUGUUUUAAAAUUCACAUCUGCCACGAAAAUAGAUUAUAUAAUCGUUUAUAUUUACCGUGAAAAUUGAAUGUUUUCACUAAACUUCAAUUCGAAAAAAAUAUAUAUAUGUAUAUAUAUAAAAGAGAAAGAGGCCAAUACUAUAAUUAUACUGUUGAUAGCCCUACCUUGAUUUUCCGUCGUAACCUUAACUUGAGGACUUAGUCUCGACUGAACCUGAAGUAGAAAUUAUGAUUUUUGUCCUCAUAUUUUUGCUUACUACUUUGAAUUGUGGUGAAACUAUCAAUACAAGCUGUAAAAAAUAUGAUGGUGUAACGGCUGAUAAUUUUGCACAUUAUCAAUAUUAUAAGACAAGCUGUUGUAAUGCGACUUUGGAUGUCUUCGAGCCUUUUCCUGAUGGAAAGUUCCCAGAAAAGCCAAAGCUUCUUGAACUAACAAAUUUCCUGAAAGAAAGUAAAAAUGGAAUAAAAGCCGUGUGGAAUGCAAAUUUAACCCAUUUAAAAGGAUUUAAGAUUGAAUAUGUGUAUCAAGAUACUGGAGAGAAAAUCUGUAGAGUUUUAGACUUUUCUGAAUUUCUGAAGAAGAACAAAUCCAUCAGUAAUUAUAACUUCGAUUUUGAGAUUUAUCCUGUAAGAAAGAAUAGAAUAUAUUUGGUUCAUCUUUACUCGUUGCCGAAAUCUGGAAACAAUUAUCUUCCUGCUCGGAAAGUUGAUACAUUCUUGUGUCGUGAAUGGACGACUUUAAUAGAUUAUAGACUAAAAGAGGACAAGUUAAUUGUGGAUUUUGAACAAGGACCUUCAAAAUGUAAUAUAAAAUUGUAUAAAGUAGCACUUCAUUAUAUGAAUUCAACCAUUUUAUAUAUGGUGACUGUCAAUUCUUCCAAGACAUCCUCAACACUAACCCAUGAAUUUCUUGGAAUAUGUCCUGGAAGCUACUACAUAACUGUUGAAAUAUUUGAUGAAAGUCCCUUUUCCAACUGUAUUUGUGUAAACCUUAAUCAAAAAUGUGGUGAAGGCUGUGUUCGGACCAAAACCAAAGUCAUUGAAAAGCUUGGUUCAUCAUGCUCAGAAGUGAUAGCAACUGCAACUCCUUCGACAAGUGCACCUCCAACCCCCGAAAAAUUAACCAUUUUCCUUGCUGUUGUUGGAGCUAUGGUUGGUCUGCUACUCCUAGGUCUCACUCUUUAUUGUUUAAAGCGAACGCUCCGAGAGAAAAGAGGGCUGAUAUUUUAUACAGAGGACCAUUCUCACCUUUGUGAAGCCAUCGAUCAGUUUAUAUCUUUCAUGAAUAAGAGUCAAUGUAAACUAGAAGUUGCUGCUCGGCUAGUGAAAGGUGGUGAUCCAUUAAGACUGAGUUUGGAAAUUCAAAAGUCUGAUUUUAUAAUUCUUGUUUACUCUGAAGCUCUUCACAAAAGAAUUCAGGCGUGGAGAAGCAACCAAGAUUACAUAAAUUUUUUUAAAGAGGAUAAUUCAGCACUUUUGACACCUUCCCUUCUCACGGAACUUAAAGCAAGCAAAAAACUUAUCAUUUGUAAGUUUCCUUGGGUACAAAACCCCAGUAACAGCAGUGAAUUAUCUUCAAUCAAGUGUUACACUCUUAUAAAAGAGUUGAACUUGCUUAUUCAAGAAAUCCAUGGAACAGGAAUGGACCAAGAGCUUGCUGUUCUUGUCAAAAGUAACAAACUCAAUCAUAAAUUUAACACUUUGACAAACACGAUUAAGGUUGCUGGCAACUUUGAAAAAGAUAAUUCCAAUUGGUUUGAAGACAAAUAUAUUUGCCCCAAGAAAAUGGAGUCUUUAAAUGAAAUGCCUGAUUACAGUGAAAGAUUAGAUGAAGAUGAACAUAGUAUUUACUCCGGCCCUUUAAGUGAAAUAUUUGAACAGAUAAAUGUAAACAAUGACUCAGUAGCUUAAAAGAUUCACAGGCUGGAUUCAUUUGUUUUAAACAAAGAUUCUGUUUCAUUUUUACAUUUUUAAAUCUCAUCCUGGAUCCUUCCUGUUUUUCUUUUACACUCUGCCUCAAUGUAAACAUCUCUUACCUGAUGUUCUGCAUUCUUCCUUCUCUCAUAGAAACAGAAACAGCAAAAUCCACAUUUAACAUUAAAA